CUCCAGGCCCAGCGAGCAAUCACAGCUGCCCCGACCUUGGUUUCCUCUGCUGGGAGGGAUUGGGGGGCUGGGCCCCCAAAGGGGCAACUGGCUUCCCCCUUCCUCUGGGCAAGGGACAGAGAGGCGCAUGCCUAGGGAGCAGGGACUAACUUCCUCUUGUCCUGGAAUGAGCAUGCCUGCCCUUUGCAAGCAGGUUUGGGUCUCACACGAAGAGGAAACCAAAAGCAGUGAGAGAGAAGGGAAGGCAGAGCGACCAAUCAAGGGCAGGGUGAGGCACAAAACCAGCAGCUCCCUGGGGAGCCCGUCAGAGGCUGGGGGCGAUGGAGGAGCUGCAGCAGCUGCAGGAGUUUGAGAUCCCCACAGGCCGGGAGGCUCUGCGGGGCAACCACAGCGCCCUGUUGCGAGUGGCUGAUUACUGCGAGAACAACUAUGUGCAGGCCACAGACAAGCGGAAGGCACUGGAGGAGACCAUGUCCUUUACCACCCAGGCCCUGGCCAGCGUGGCCUACCAGGUGGGCAACUUGGCGGGGCACACGCUGCGCAUGUUGGACCUGCAGGCAGCUGCUCUGCGGCAGGUGGAAGCCCAUGUGAGCACGCUGGGCCAGAUGGUGAACAUGCAUAUGGAGAAGGUGGCCCGAAGGGAGAUCGGCACCUUAGCCACUGUCCAGCGGCUGCUCCCCAGCAAGAAAGUCAUCGCCCCUGAGAGCCUACCUCCCCUCACGCCUUACUCCAGAAGACCCCUCAACUUUGGUUGCCUGGAUGACAUUGGCCAUGGGAUCAAGGAUCUGAGCACGCAGCUGUCGCGGACCGGGACCCUGUCUCGCAAGAGCAUCAAGGCGCCUACCACACCCGCCUCCGCCACCCUGGGGAGACCUCCCCGGAUCCCGGAGAUCGUGCAGCUCCCGGUGGCGCCCGACGGCAAACUCUCCGCCGCCUCAUCUGCCUCUUCCCUGGCCUCGGCUGGCAGCGCUGAAGGUGCUGGUGGGGUCUCCACGACCAAAGGGCAGGCAGCGCCCCUACCGCUCUCCAGCUCCAUGACCCCACCUCCUCCGCCAGCCUCCGAUAUCUGCCUGCUGCCCCCUCCGAUGGAGGAACUGUCCCUGCCUCUGCCCGACCCAGAACUGCCCCAGCCCUUGGACCUGCCCCCCCCUCCACCCCUGGAUGUAGAUGAAUUGGAACUGCUGCCUCCGCCUCCUCCAGGCUUUGGGCCAGAAGAGCCCAGCUGGGUCCCUGCUUCGUACUUGGAAAAAGUGGUGACACUGUACCCAUACAUCCGCCAGAAGGACAACGAGCUCUCUUUCUCUGAGGGCACCAUCAUCUGCAUCACCCGCCGCUACUCCAAUGGCUGGUGUGAGGGCGUCAGCUCAGAGGGGACUGGAUUCUUCCCAGGGAACUAUGUGGAACCCAGCUGCUGACAGCCUUGGGGCCUCUGGGCUGCUGACCCAGGCUCUGCCCUGAGUGAGCCUUAAGCCCCAGGCCAAAGCCAGCUCCAAAGUCAAGGCUGGACUAGGACUGCCCACCUCUUGGGCUGUGAGCUAUCUGCACCUUCCCCCCACUGUGAUGGGAAGGGGUCCUGGGGAGAGGUGACCAGAGGCCUGUUGCAGACUGGAAAGAACUGGAAGCCAAGGAGACUGGUGAUUUGUCCACAGAGGAUCACUGCUCCAUGGAGGGUGGGGUCUCCAGCUGCAAGUGCCAACUCUGAAUGAAAUCCUGAUGACGUCCUGAUGGUUGCCCUGCAGAGCUAGGGGUUGGGCAGAGAGGAUGGACUAAAAGACAUUUCAGUUCUAAGGCUCCUGCUAAUUAUUGAGCCCUUGCCCCCAACCCCCAGCAGCAGUAUCUCUCCCAUCUCACUGGUCCCCAUUAUGUGCCCUCUGUACUAGACCAGAUGCCCUCUGCAA